AUGCUCGGAUCUGGAGAGCCCAUCGCCAUAAUCGGCACUGGGUGCCAAUUCCCUGGCGGCGCAAGCACGCCCUCGAAACUCUGGGACCUCCUUCGUGAACCCCGAGACCUGCUGAAGCCCUUGGAAGAUCGAUUUAACGCACAAGGUUGGCAUCACGACAGUGGGAAAUAUCAUGGACAUUGCAACGUCAAAGAGUCUUACCUGCUCGACGGAGAUGGAGUGCACCGUCUCUUCGAUGCACAGUUCUUCGGCAUCAAUGCGGUUGAGGCCAACACUAUGGACCCGCAGAUGCGUCUCCUGCUUGAGACAACCUAUGAGGCACUUGAGGCGGCUGGUCAGCCUGUGGAGGCCCUUCGGGGCUCUGACACAGCCGUAUACAUUGGCAUGAUGGGAAACAGUUACAAGACGGUGAUGGAACGGGACCUGGAUAGCAUUGGGACUUACCAUGUCAGUGGCGUUGCGCGUGCCAUGAUGUCGAACAGGUUAUCUUAUUUCUUUGAUUGGCAUGGGCCUUCCUUCUCCAGCCUGAUCGCCGUCCAUCAGGCCGUUGAGCAACUUCGCUCUGGCAGAUCUCACGUGGCGGUAGCCGCCGGCUCGAACCUCCUCCUCGAUUCACCGGAUUACGUCGGGAUGAGCAAGCUUGAGAUGUUGUCUCACGAGAGCCGCUCACGAAUGUGGGACCAAGAUGCUAACGGCUAUGCCCGAGGGGAAGGGGUUGCAGCCGUAGUGCUCAAGCCUCUGAGUGCUGCCAUUGCGGAUGGUGACCAUAUCGAGUGCAUUAUCCGGGAGACUGCCACAAAUCAAGAUGGUAGAACGCCAGGCAUUACGAUGCCCAGCGCUACUGCUCAGGCACAGCUCAUGCGCGACUGCUACUCGCGUGCAGGACUCGAUCCCACUGACCCAGCCCAGCGCCCUCAAUACUUUGAGGCUCAUGGCACCGGAACUCAGGCGGGGGACCAUGUAGAAGCCCAAGCCAUCACGACGGCCUUUUUCCCUGGACAGAGCAGCACGCGGCACAAACCCAGUUGCCUCUUUGUUGGGGGCGUAAAAACCGUCAUAGGACACUCUGAGAGCGUUGCCGGCCUGGCAGGGCUCAUCAAGACGUCUUUGGCCCUGCAACACGCCCUGAUCCCGCCGAAUCUCAUGUUCAAUCACAUCAGCCCCAAGGUGGAGCCAUUCUAUGCAAACCUCCAGAUUCCCACAUCAGCUGUCUCGUGGCCGGUCAUAGGUGAUGGGGUACCCCGAAGGGCCAGUUUGAACAGCUUCGGUUUCGGCGGCAGCAAUGCCCACGCCAUCCUCGAGAGUCACACGCCGGACAGACCGACACCAGGCAGUGUGAAGUUGACAUCGUUCACCGCUUUGUCCUCAAAUCUGGCCGCUGUCUGCGAGCACCUAUGGACAGAUGGGGCGCAUACGAGUAUGCGUGACUUGGCUUUGACGCUGCAUGCUCGCCGGUCCCGGCUCCCAUAUGGCACUGCCAUAGCUGCAAACACUGUCGAGGAUCUUUGCAACAAGCUGCAAGAUAAAUGCUCGAAUAGUUCCCGACAGCCGGUGGGCAUACGGUCUUUCCAACGGCCGGGAGAUCAGAAGCACAAGAUUCUCGGUAUCUUCACUGGCCAAGGGGCACAAUCGCCUCACAUGGGAGCAGCCUUAAUUCAGUCGUCUGAAAAGUGUCGCUCUAUCAUCGACAAGCUCGAGAGGCGUCUCUCUACCCUCCCCGCGGAAGAUCGACCGGCCUGGUCGCUGAAGACGGAGCUUCUGAACGCCGACGCCGUGAGCAUCAGCCGAGCUACGUUGUCACAGCCACUGUGCACAGCAUUGCAGAUCAUGCAGGUCGACCUCCUGCGCGCAGCGGGCGUCCAGUUCUCGGCAGUAGUUGGCCACUCCUCGGGCGAGAUUGGUGCAGCAUACUGUGCGGGCUGGAUCUCGGCUGAAGACGCCAUCUGCAUCGCAUACUAUCGAGGCUUGCACUCUCACCUUGCGGUCGGCUCCAAGGGGCAACGGGGUGCUAUGUUGGCUGUGGGAACGUCCUCUGAGGACGCCCAAGAGCUUUGUGACGAGGAUGAGUUCCAGGGACGGGUAUCUGUGGCGGCAGUCAACUCCACCGCCAGUGUCACGCUGUCUGGUGACGACGAGGCUAUUGAGGAGAUCAAGAUUAUUUAUGAAGAUGAGAAGAAGUUUGUGCGGCGCCUGAAAGUCGACAAGGCUUACCAUUCCCAGCAUAUGGUCCCGUGCUCCAGAGCCUACCUCCGUUCUCUCCAGGCGCUCGAUAUCCAGGUUCAUGAGGCCAGGGUACCUUGGUUUUCAAGCGUCGCGGGAGGAACAUUGAUGGGAUCUGACAUGGCCUCUAGGCUGGCAGGCCCGUACUGGAAUGACAACAUGGUACAAACAGUAAAGUUCAUGCAAGCCAUAGAGGGUGCUUGGACAUCACAAGGCCCGUUCGAUAUGGCGGUGGAAAUCGGACCUCACCCGGCUCUGAAAGGACCCGCACUUCAGACAAUCCAGGACAUAUCCACCGCCAACCUGCCAUACACGGGGGUUCACUACAGAGGCGAGAAUGCCGUUGAGUCGUUUGCCAACGCUCUUGGUCAAAUCUGGACUCAGCUGGGUACAGUCGACCUCCUAGGCUUCGACACCUUCAUCACCGGCCGUCCUGGCUAUGAAUUCGUGACGGGUCUGCCAAAGUACGCUUGGGACCAUGAAAAGGAGUACUGGCACGAGUCGAGAUACGGAAGGGCUGUUCGCACAAGAUCAGACCCAGUUCACGAAUUGCUCGGCCACCUCACGCCAGACUCAACGGAACAGGAGAUGCGAUGGAGGAAUAUCCUCUGCCCCAAGGAGCUGCCCUGGCUGAAGGGCCAUGCCCUGCAAGAACAAGUAGUCUUCCCUGCUGCUGGGUAUGUUGUUGCGGCGGUCGAGGCUGCGGCGGCGAAAGCACGCUCACAAGGUCUGUCGGCUACCCUUAUCGAGGUUCUCGAUCUUGACAUCGGCAAGGCUUUGGCCUUUGACUCAGACGACACACAGAUGGAAACAAUCACAUCGAUGGCAGACAUCCCGCAGCACGGCCCUACCAAGACUAUUGAGGCGAGUUUCCGAUUUCAUGCAGCCCAAACGACGCAAAAGGGUCCACUGAAUCUCCUUGCAAGCGGACAUGUACGGGUCUCUCUAGGCGACGGAGACGAGUUUGUCCUUCCACCCAGGGGCCAGUCUGAACAUGACGCUUAUAACGUCGGCACUUCAGAGUUCUACGACUCGCUUGCCAAUCUCGAGUACCAGUACGAUGGACCGUUCCGCGCUCUCUCCGGGCUCAGGAGGAAACUCGGGUUUGCCACGGGUUUCAUAAGCAACGAACCGACGCGAAUGCUGAUCCACCCUGCCGUUCUCGACGCUGCCUUCCAGUCUGUCCUGCUCGCCCAUUGUGCUCCUAACAGCGGCGGCCUCUGGUCUCUCCAUGUCCCCAAAACAAUCCGGGCCGUCAGGGUGAACCCUCACCUCUGCCUGGCCAACACGAGGGACGGCCGGAUCCCGUUCGACUGCAUGCAGCCCGAAGCUAUGGAUGCUCUGGAGGGUGAUGUAGGGCUCUUCGCCGCCCAUGGCUCCCAGCAUGCCAUGGUACAGGUCGAAGCCCUUCAAUGUGUACCUUUUGCGAGAGCCAAAGCCCAGGAUGACAGAGAGUUGUUCGCAGUGACAGUCUGGGAUGUCGCUGUCCCAGAUGCAGAGAAAGUUGCUUACGACGGCGAGCCGACGACCGAGCAAGUCGAGGUUGCUCGCAUUAUGGAACGCAUGGCAGUUUUCUUCCUCCGUCAACUCGACUGUGGGGUCCCAAGGGACAGUCCGGCCAGAUUCACGGGCGCAUACCCUUACUACUUUGAAUUUGCGACCCAUAUCAUCUCUCUCGCCAAAGACGGCAAGCUGCCCCUCUGGUCCUCGGAAUGGGAAAACGACACUCUAGACCAACUGUCUGCGGCGUACGAGCCUCAUCUGCACUCUACGGAUGUCAGGCUUCUCAAAGCUGUUGGGGAGAACAUCAUAGACAUCGUGACCGGCCGUAAGCAAGCCAUCGAGGUCGGCAUGAGAGAUGGCAUGCUGUCGCAAUUCUACGAGCAUGCUAUCGGCAUGCAGGAGAAUACGAGAUACCUGGCUCGUCUAGUCAAACAAGUUGUCCAUCGCUAUCCUCAUUUGAACGUGCUUGAGGUUGGCGCAGGCACUGGAGGGGCUACCAAGGCUGUUUUCCAGGAGAUUGGACGCACGUUCUCUACGUAUACAUUCACCGACAUAUCGUCUGGCUUCUUUGAGUCCGCAAAGCAAGUGUUUGCCCCUUUUGUCGACAAGAUGACCUUCAAGGUGUUGGAUAUCGGCAAAGAUGCAAGACAGCAGGGCUUCAGUGAGCACUCUUACGAUCUCAUAGUGGCUUCUGCGGUCCUCCACGCAACGCCGAAUCUCCAGGACACACUGAGGAACGUGCGACGCCUGCUCAAACCAGGCGGGUUUCUGGUCGUGCUCGAGCUGCAAUUUGAUAAUCUCGCACGUAUGGGAACCAUCUUUGGGGCCUUCCCUGGCUGGUGGCUCGGUGCUGCUGAGGGCCGCACUCUGUCACCCUGCGUAGACCUGGCGCAAUGGGAUCACCUGCUCCGAAACACGGGUUUUUCAGGUUGCGAUACUGUGGCACCGGUCAGGAAUAGCCUCGUCAUGCCGCCUGUGGCAGUCAACGGCAAUAUUAAUUUCCUCCGAGAUCCUUUAUCUGCGCCCGUAUCGCCUCUCGGGGAGGACGCUCUGAUGGUCCACCAAGACCUGUUGCUGCUCGGCGGAAGCAGCCUUCUGACAUCCAGGCUCGUGGGACAGCUCAAGUCCGUCUUAGGUCAUUACUGGAGAGCCAUAAAGACAGCUCGCACGCUGUCCGAUGUGGUCUCCAUGAAGAUCAGCUCCAACACGACUGUCAUGGGUCUCGUCGAGCUCGACGGUCCUGUGUUUGAGGACCUCAACAAUUCCGACUGGGAAGCACUCAAGACUCUGCUCCACGAUGCAGGCACGAUCCUUUGGGUAUCGAGAGGUCGCCGUGCCGAAAACCCCUACGCAAACAUGCUCGUUGGUCUUGUCCGCUCGGCAAGGAAAGAGAUCCCGACAUUGGAUAUCCAGUGCUUCGACGUCGAGGCGGAGUCAGCGCUGAACACGCGCCAGCUCGCCGAGACGCUGCUGCGGUUGAGAGCCACGACCAUGUGGCAGCGCCGGGAUGGACAGGAGAGCAUGCUCAUGACUGUGGAGCCAGAGCUGAUACAGGACCAGAGCGGCUCGCUGAUUAUUCCUCGCGUGAUCUCAAGCCAGGAGAUGAAUGACUGGUACAACUCUCUGCAGCGGCCAAUCUCGAAACCAGCAAGUAUUCAGGAUGAUCAAGAAAAUGUUGGCAUCAUGGUGGAUGACGGACAGGGUGUUUUCCUUCGACAAGAACCGAUGCCACAAGGCGGGGAACAGCGUCGCAUCCGCGCCACGCAUUCUUUGUGCUCGGCUGUUCGAGUGGCCAGGCUUGGCUUCAUGCAUCUCAUCCUUGGACAGGAGUGCUUGUCUGGGGAUCAGGUCGCGGUUCUCUCAAGCAAGCAUACACUGAUGUUCGACUCCGACAGAGGGCUUGCCAUGCCGGUGGUUGUAGAAAAAGGCCAGGAGGCUGCGUUCGUGACCUUGCUGGCUCACCAUCUUCUCUCGAGCAUGAUUCUUGAGGAUCUGGCCGAAGAAGAAGUCGUGAUUAUUCAUGAGCCGAAGAAGGACUUCGCCGUCGUGGUAGCAGAGGAGGCUGAGCGACGUGGAGUCCUGGUCCAGUUCACCAGCAGCUCGACGACCGCGUCCGAGCCUGGCUGGUAUAGUAUCCACCCAGCAUCCCCAGAUCGUGUCAUUAAUGCCAUGAUUCCUGCGAACACGGCCGCGUUCCUCGACCUCAGCGGAGACGAUGCCAAUACCUUGGCUGGAGCCCGCCUGCGCUCGCUACUCCCCAGCUACUGCCGCCAAUGUAGCAUGAGAAACAUGUUUUCUGCAUGUACAACUUGGGCGCCACACGGGAGACAGCUACAAAUCGUUCAGACUCGGCUGCGAGACUGUGUAUCCCGUGCCUCUGCGCAUCUAGCGGGUCCCGGCAUCUCAACCACCACCACAGUGUGUUUAGACGCACUCGCCCAAACAUCCCACAAUGACCCUCCACGCCUAUCACCGCUGAGUGUCAUAGACUGGUCUCGCCCUGCCUCACAGAUACCGGUUCAGGUGCAGGAUGCUGGCUCGCAGGUCCGCUUUUCGAGCUCCAAGACGUAUUGGUUGGCGGGCCUCAGCGGUGGUCUUGGACUGCUACUCUGCGAGUGGAUGGUGCGGCAGGGGGCAAAGUAUGUUGUCAUCUCCAGUCGAAGGCCAAAGGUCGCAGAGUCGUGGUUAGCUAAGAUGCGAUCCGUUGGCGCCCACGUCAAGGUCUUUGCAUGUGACAUAACCGACAAGGCGGCAGUCUCUGAACUUUACAGCACCAUACAAUCGACCAUGCCCGUCAUUGCCGGAGUGUGUCAGGGUGCAAUGGUUCUCAAUGACACCACAAUCCGAGAUAUGUCACUCGAGGCCCUUGUCAAGGUGACAAGGCCGAAGGUGGAGGGCAGUCUGCACCUUGGCCAGCUCUUCCAGGGAACGGAGAACCCGCUCGAGUUCUUCAUAUUCUUCUCCUCUGCAGGGUCAGUCCCCGGCCAGCCCGGCCAAGGAAACUAUGCGGCUGCGAACCUGUUCAUGACGGCGCUCGCAGAACGGCGCCGUCGACAGGGCCAGGCUGCCUCAGUCAUGCACCUUGGUCCUGUGUUUGGGGUCGGGUACAUCACCCAGCAGGGGGCACACGCCGAGGUCAAGUCCGUGGCUCACGUCUGGGUUCCCAUCUCCGAGCAAGUCGUCUGCCAGCACUUUUCAGCCGCCGUCAUCGCAGGACGUCCUGGGUCCUCGCCCAGACCCCUCGAGACGACGACUGGCUUGGCCAAAGUCGCGUUUCCUCAGGACGCCGGUCCGUUCAUGAGCCAUUACACGCAGGAUCGGGCCACCUGCACCAUGGACGUCUCCAAAGACCGAUCCAAGGUUCCGCUGCAGACACAGCUCGCAGAAGCGCAGGGCCGUGGCCAAGUGGCCCGCAUCAUCCGAGAGGCCUUCCUGCUCAAGCUGAGCAUACUGCUGCAGUCUGACCUGGCCAAGCUGGAACAGGCCGACCCAGCCAGCCUGCGUCUGGACGAGAUGGGACUCGACUCUUUGAUGGCCGUGGAGAUCCGCGGCUGGUUUGUCAAGACGCUUCAGGUCAACAUACCCGUGCUCAAACUCUUGAGCGGGGCUCUGGUCUCUGAGCUCGUCGAUAUCUCGGUCGACACCAUGCCGCGGACGCUGGUCCCGAAUAUCGACGACGAUGCUCCUGAUCUGGCCACAGCGAAGCCAAUCCGUCCGCCUACUCCCUUUACUCCUCCGGUUGGACAAGCUGAGGAGAAGGAUCUGCUGGCAUCGGUACCUUGGCCUGGACUGGAGAGGGUUGUGCGCCUGUCGUUCAGCCAAAGCCUCUUCUGGUUCUCUGCCGCCUUCUCAGACAACCCGGCGAACCUCAAUCUCACAGCCACGUUUCGGCUGACGGGGAAGAUGCGCGUGGAGGACUUGAAGAGGGCGGUCCUGGCGCUUGGCCAGCAGCACGAGUCUCUCAGGACAAGGUUCGUCGCCAGUGACUCCGAGCCGAAACAAGGCAUCAUGAAAUCGACUGCCCUGCGUCUUGAGCAUUACACAAUCCGGGACGAUCGCGAGGUUGAUCUCUACACCAACGACAUACACAGCCACGUCUACGAUCUCGAGAGUGGCAAGACUGUGCGCCUGGCCUUGGUGUCCAGAUCGGCAACACAGCACUUCUUCAUCAUUGGUGUGCAUCACCUUGCCAUGGAUGGCGCGUCCUUUCAGCCUCUGAUGAGAGACCUCUUGAGCCACUACACGCAGAGACACCAGGAGAUCAGAACAAUGCAGUACGCGGACUUCUCCGAACACCAGCACAGCACGCUCGCAUCUGGUGGCUUCAAGGACGAGCUCGACUUCUGGAGGACGGAGCUCGCCGAUCUGCCGCCGACGCUUCCCAUCCUGCGGAUGUCGACGCUUGCCUCGCGACCAAAACUGCAGGCAUAUGGAAACAAGGCUGUGGACAUGUGGAUCAAGCCAGACACCAAGGUGCGGAUACAGGCUCUCUGCCGCAGAUGUCGAGCCACCCCCUUCCACUUCUACCUCGCUGUCUUUAGGGUGCUGCUCUGGAGAUACAGCGGGGCGGAGGAGUUCUCCAUCGGCAUUGGAGAUGCGAACAGGACUGAAGAUGCUCUCAUGGACACUAUUGGUGAUCUUGUCAACAUGCUGCCGUUGGUCUUCCAAACGCAGGGUGCUGUGCAGUUUGACGCACUGGUGCAAGAGACGCGGGCCAAGACUCACUCGGCGUUGGCAAACUCCCGAGUGCCCUUCCAGCUUCUGUUGAAGGAACUGGGUGUUUCACGAUCCGCAGUAACCACGCCCAUCUUCCAGGCCUUCAUAGACUAUCGACUGGGCCGAGGAGAGACGAUGCGCUGGGGGGACUGUGAGCUGGAGCUACAACAGUUUCGCCCCUCGAAGCUGGCGUACGACGUGGCAAUGGACAUUGUUGAUAAUGCUGACGGAGACUGUCACCUCACGUUUGUAGUGCGCGAUGAUCUCUACAGCCAAGAGGACGUGGAGCAGCUUGCCAAGAGCUACGUCCUGCUCGCCAGCGCGUUCGCCUCACAACCAGACAAAGCUCUCAAGGAAGUGGACAUCUUUGAUGAGGUUGAGAUCGAGGAGGCCCUCAACCUGGGCAGAGGCCCGCUCUACCAGUCUCGCCAUUGGGGCACGACGGCCAUUCACCGGAUCGACGACAUGGCCGACAAGUACUCUGGGAGGACAGCUGUGAUCUCCGAGGACGGCAGCACGGAAACAUACGAGAGCAUCGUUCACCACAAUGUCCACAGGAUCGCCUCAGCGCUCCUUGCUGCUGGCGUCACGCAGGGAUCGCGGGUCGCCGUGCUCCAAGAGGUCACUCCUGGCUGGGUGUCGUCCAUCCUCGCCAUCAUGCGCGUCGGCGCCACAUACUUACCGCUUGACGUAGGCACACCCUGGGCUCGACUCUCUGCCAUGGUUCAGGACGCCCAGCCCCAGGCCGUGCUUGUGGAUGCGUUCACCCGGCACAAUGUGGGCGAGCUGCAGCGCAAUGGCCUCCAAGUCGUCGAUGUCUCAAGUCUGGGUCCUGGACAGCAAGUCCCCAUCUCGGCCACUUCGGACGGGGUGGCAACCAUUCUGUACACCAGCGGGUCCUCAGGAACCCCCAAGGGCAUCGUGCUGCGUCACCGCGGCGUCAGCUCCUGGCUAGAGCCCUGUGGGAUGCUGUACGGCUUCAGACCCAGCGGCGAGGUGGUCCUGCAGCAGAGCUCGCAGGGCUUCGACAUGUCGCUGAUGCAGAUCCUCACGGCCCUGUGCUUUGGAGGCAGCGUGGUGCUGCUCCCCAGGAGGCUCCGCGGCGAUGCCCGCGCCAUCAGCGACAUCAUCACCCGUCACGGCAUCACGCACACUUUUGGCACGCCCUCCGAGUACCUCAGCUGGCUCCGAUACGGCGACUCCGAGGCGCUGAGGACGUCCUCGUGGAAGACGGCGCUGGUAGGAGGCGAGGUGCUCGCGCAGGCGGUGCUGAUGGAGUUUGCGGCGCUCGACAAGGCGGACCUGCGCUUCCACCACAUGUACGGGACCACCGAGUCGACGUUCUGCGCGACGGUCUCGGAGCUCGAGUACACAAGAGAGCUAUCGAAACCAACAGCGUCUGGUGUGUCGCAGCCUGGCUAUGCCGCGGGCGUCGCGCUGCCCAGCUACAGCGUGUACAUCCUCGACGAGCAGAAGCGGCCUCUGCGCGCCGGCAUGCAGGGCGAGAUCUACAUUGGCGGCGCUGGCGUCGGCGACGGCUAUCUCAACAUGCCACGCCUGACUGCGGAGACGUUCCUGGCAGAUCCAUUCGCCACGGCAGACGACCUGGCCCGAGGCUGGACGAUGAUGCAGCGCACAGGCGACCUCGGCCGGUGGUCUCGAGCCGUGCACCACGGCGCCGUGCUGGUCGAGGGCCGCAUCUCGGGCGACACGAUGGUCAAGCUGCGUGGCCUGCGCGUCGACCUGCGAGAGGUGGAGGGCGAGAUCCUCCGCGCCGGGGCUGGCAUGCUCGCCGAGGCUGUGGUGUCGAUCCUGCGCGCCUCGGCCGACACGCCCGAGUUCUUGGUGGCCCAUGUCGUCCCUGGCCCUCUCCUUGCGCAGGAGAAGGGUUCCCUGGAGCUGCACUUGCCCCUGAUGUCUUCUGGCAAGCUGGAUCGCAAGGCAGUUGCUGCGCUGCCGCUGCCCAAGGACGAAUCCGAGGCCGAUGGUGUCGUCGUGCUGCUGACGGCCACGGAGGAGAAGCUCAAGGCCGUCUGGGAGGAUGUCCUCUCGCACGACCUCGCCAGCGUGCACAGCAUCACUCCGGAUACGGACUUUUUCCACAUUGGCGGCACAUCGCUCGUGCUCCUUCAUCUGAGAGAGACCAUCCAGACGCGGUUCGGAGUUGCUCUGAGCCUGGUGGACCUCUUUGAGGCGAGCGUGUUGUCGAGCAUGGCCCAUCGCAUCCAGGGCCAGGUCGAUGCGGCGGAGGUCAUUGACUGGGAGGAGGAGACGGCGCUGCGUCCUUGCAUGGCACAGCUCGACAGUGCUCUGCUCCAACACGUGCCGCCGUCUCAGAGCAGGGUGGUCAUCCUCACGGGCGGCUCAGGCAACCUAGGCAAAGGGCUCAUCCGCGCCAUGAUAGCAGACCCAACCAUCAAGGAGAUCCACUGCCUCGGCGUGCGCAAUGCAGCCAAGCGCACCGACAUGCAGGGCCUCGAAAAAGUCACUCUGUACGAGGGCGAUCUGCAGCAGCCUCGCAUCGGGCUGGCCGAGUCCGUGCUCCACGAUCUGUUCAGCCGCGCAGACCUGAUCAUCCACAACGGGGCCGACAUCUCGUACAUGAAAACAUACCCGUCCCUACGACAGUCCAACUUUUUGGUCUGCAAGGACCUCAUCCAGUGGAGCCUGCCGAGGAUGGUCCCGUUCCACUUCAUCUCGAGCGCGGGCGUCGGCAACUUUGCACCACCCGGCGCGCCCCUCUACGCGUCGUCCCUGGCCGCCUCGCCGCCGCCCACGGACGGGUCGCACGGCUACACGGCCGGCAAGUGGGCGAGCGAGGUGUUUCUCGAGAAGCUGGCGGCAAGACACCCGCGCUGGCCGGUCUGCGUGCACCGCCCCACGCUCAUCCUCCGGGACGACAUCCCGGCGCUGGAUGGGGCGCACAACCUCCUCGGGUACUCGCGCAGGAUGGGCGCG